UCAGUGGACAACCACACCCAAAACCAAAAGUGGAUCUUGUUUCUUUCCCGCGUUCACUCAAUACAAUUACCCCACCACACUCGCGCAUACUUUUCUUCACCGCCGCAACAAAACCCUUCUUUCUUCCAAUGCAUAUGCUCACACUUUAUCCCUUUCAUUUUCUUGAUCUAAAAACCAUCUGUAAAACCCAAUAUGGUUCAUCUUCUACUUUCUUAUUCUCUUGCUAGCAUCUUUCAUAACAAUCACGGAUAAUGUUUUCCCUUCCAAGAUUCACGUUACUGGUACCGUAUCCGGCUUUAAACCUUGGAUUAUCCGUCAAUCAUGUAUUAAUGAUUCCACACCGCUCUCAUUCGCCCCUCACUCUCAUUCGACUCGAAUUCACCUAGGAAGACGAUUGCUGGAGGUUUCCAGUUGUAUCUGCCAGAUUCUGUGUUAUUUGGGACUCGAAGAUGAAUUCCCAUCAUUCAUUGGAACUUGCUCUCAAGGAUAUUCUUCUUGUGGUGAAUCCCACACAUGAUGACUGGAAUAAACGGUUUCAAAUUAUUAAUGAUCUUCAAGCUGUUGUGCAAACUUUGGAAAUUCUUAGAGGUGCCACAGUGGAACCAUUUGGUUCAUUUGUGUCUAACCUCUUUACAAAAUGGGGGGAUUUAGAUGUAUCCGUUGAGUUACCCAAUGGUUCAUACAUUUCUGCUGCUGGGAAAAAGUACAAGCAAACUUUACUAUUAGACAUACUAAAAGCUCUAAAAAGAAAAGGUGGAUUCCAUGGGAUAAAAUGUAUUUCCCAUGCAAGAGUGCCUAUCUUGAAAUGUGAUAGCAACAAAGACAAUAUCUCUUGUGAUAUUUCUAUCAACAAUUUGAGCGGCCAAAUGAAGUCUAAAGUGUUGUUUUGGAUAAAUGAGAUUGACGGGCGUUUUCGUGAUAUGGUUUUACUUGUUAAAGAAUGGGCGAAGGCGCAUGGUAUCAAUGAUCCUAAAAGUGGAACCUUAAAUUCUUAUUCCCUAAGCUUACUUAUAAUAUUCCAUUUUCAGACUUGCACACCUGCUAUUCUACCUCCGCUUAGUGAAAUUUACCCUGGGAACGUGGUUGCUGACCUUACAGGUAUAAGAGCUGUUGCAGAGAAAAACAUUGAAGACAUGUGUGGUAUGAACAUAAACAGGAUUAAAUCAGAUAGGUCAAGAAGGAUUAACAGAAGCUCUUUGGCCGAACUAUUUGUUUCAUUUCUUGCAAAGUUUCGUGACAUCAGUUUGAGGGCCUCGACACAAGGGAUUAGUCCUUAUAAUGGACAAUGGGAAGACAUUAAUACCAACAUGAUCUGGCAGCCCAAAACUUAUGCACUAUUUAUUGAGGAUCCAUUUGAGCAACCAAUGAAUUGUGCAAGAGCUGUUGGGCACCUAAACCUUGUGAAGAUUGCACAAGCAUUUGAAAGUAGCCAUGGGAUGUUGGCAUCUGCGUACCAGAACCACCAUCCACUUGCGGUGCUAGUGAGGCCUGAAGUGUUGAGCAUUAUUUCUAGAUCUCAAUUCGGUAAUCCUCUAAGAAUUCAUCCACAGCUUCACGUUGGCAAUGGCAAUGGUAAUGGUAGGGGCCUAAUUGGGGAUCAUCCACAGUCGUUCAGAAACAGCAGUAACAAUGGUAGUAAUCAACACCAGAAUAGGGACGGUGGUGGUUCACGUGCACCCACACAUGUACAACAACAAUAUAUGCAUCAAACCAACAGGGUGAAUCCGAGACAUGUUCAGAUGUUUCCGAAUGGGGUGAACGAGAGCAAUGGGAGGCCUUCAUCUUCUCAAACUCAGCUGCAGCAGAUAUGGAGGCCAAGAUCUGAGAAAUGAUUAGGUUUUGGUUUGAGCUUUGAGGCACACAGAAUUGUUAUUGGAAAAGAUUUGUAACGAGUUAUUCAUGUUUAUGUGCAAUUUCAGGAUUAAAUAUACAUGACAGAUCCAAUAUCUUUAGAAUGAUUCUAAACUGCAAAUCUGCUUUCAAAGAUGUCCAUGUUUUUUGCAA